AUGUCCUGGAACAACAAGGACCAAGAGAUCAUCAACGAACUCAAAAGCAACAACAUCGAUAUAUGCUCCAUCAGCGAAACCAAGAAGAAAGGAAAGGGUAAAUACGAAAUCGAUGACUACACUCUAAUAUACAGCGGUGUUUCACGAGACAAAAGGGGACAUUCGGGAGUAGGUCUAUUGAUCGACCGAAAAUAUAAAGACCAUAUUGAAAAAGAGGAAUACAUAAGCGAUAGAAUAUUGCUGGUUACACUGAAUGUCAACAAAGAAAACAUCCAUCUAAUUAGCGUAUACGCCCCGGACAUAAGUAAAGACAGAGCCGAAAGGGAAAGCUUCUACGAGGAGCUACAAGAAGCUGUUGACAGAAUACAGGCCAAAGAUAAAAUAGUGAUCAUGGGAGACCUGAAUGCGAGAGUGGGAAAUGAGCCACUAGGUGGGGUUACUCAGAGAUUUAAUGAAGAGGUGAUGAACGAUAACGGUGACUUACUUAAAGCAUUCUGUGCAGUUAACGCGCUGAGAAUUAACAACACUUUUUUGAACACGACAUGA